AUGACAACAACCACUCCCGUAAACAAUGCUACCAGUGAUGAAGAAAUUGCCUUGGAAACAACAGAUAAAACGGAAAAUACCUCCUCACCGACAAAAGAUGACAAUACUAUUAGUAAUAGUGAUAGUCCAUUCCAUUUACUGGAAGGUCGUUGGACAUUCUGGUACACACAUCGACCAACGACGUUUCGCAAUAGUGCAGUUAAUUACGACUCUUGUUUGAAAAAACUCGGUACAUUUGGUUCAAUAGAAGAAUUCUGGUGCUACUAUGAUCAUAUGAAGUUUCCCGGCGAUCUUCCACUCUAUAGUGAUGUCCACUUGUUUAAAGAAAAUCUCAAACCCAUGUGGGAAGAAGAAGGCAAUCGUCUUGGUGGAAAAUGGAUUUUACGAUUGAAGAAAGGUCUAUCAACGCGUCUCUGGGAAUUACUUGUUUUGGCUGUUAUCGGUGAACAAUUUAGUGUCGGAAAGGAAAUCUGUGGUAUUGUUUGUUCGAUUCGACCACAAGAAGAUCUGAUUAGCAUCUGGACAAAAACAGCAAACAAUCAAACAGUUACACAAAGAAUCAAAGAAACAAUGAAGAAAGUACUUAAUCUACCACAAGAUUGUCCGAUGGAAUACAAAACUCAUAAUGAUUCAUUACGUGAUAAUUGUAGUUAUCGAAAUACGGAUCGUAUGACCGAUCAUUUCUAUCAGUCGGCGAAUCCAUUAUGGUACAUACCAUGUGACGGUGGUCUUCUGAUCUUAACUAUCUUAACAUUUUGGCGACAUACCGUAUCCUACGAUGCACUGGGUUUCCUAGGUACAUUCCUCAAGUAUCUAGCAUACAAUUAUCACACUCUACUUGUAUGGAUAUUUUGGGUCUCAGUAUUUCUACAUGUGUUCGAAGCGACAAUAGCCUGGCGCAUAUGUAAACGUUUAAAUAUUGACUCGGAGAAUACUUGGCGAUGGUGUCGACAAACUCUAUUAUUAGGUUAUCCUUCGUUAGGUAAACUGAGACGAUACGAAGCUGAAAAACGCAAAUUAUCGUAA